UCUCUCUCUCUCUAUCUCUUUCUCUCUCACACACACACACACACACACAGUUGAAGAAAAAGCAGUCGAAGGAAAGUUAAAUGUCUACAGAAAGAUGAUUUUCUCUUCUUUUCUCAUGUUAGUGUGGAUUUCCUUGGGAUCUGCCUCCUCUCUUCCUCACCAGAUCGAGUGCACGGUGGUGAAUCUGGAGUAUGUGAACUGCACAUGGGAUGGAAACACAACCCUGGUGGAGAACUACACCUUUCGAAGCAGUUAUAAAAAUCCAGAUUUUGUUGUGGAGUGUUCCUCCUAUCAGUACGUCAAGGCGGUUCGUGUCGGCUGCGUGGUUCCAUACAGUGAGGAGCAGCUGCAGAGAUUUGAUGCAUUUUAUGCCUGGUUAUACACAGACGACAUCAACAUGAUAAAACGAGAAUACGACUCACUGUUAAAAAGGGUGAAGUUGGAUGCGCCGUAUAACAUGUCGGUGUUGUUGAAGGAUCCGGAGCUGUGGAUUUACUGGAACAUUACAAGUAAUGUUAAAAAACAGUGUCAGGAGCGUGAAGUUCGCUACAGGAUCAACAGCAACAAGUGGAGUAUUUACAGCAGCAGAAUGGAGAACGCCUUCAACGUGGCGUUUCCCAACAGUCAGAGUGGGUACGAGUUCCAGGCGAGAGUGCGCAUGUCCUCCACCUGUGGACAGUCUGAACUGUGGAGCGAAUGGAGCGAGUCGGUCUUCUGGGGCUCCAAGAUGAUUAAUGAUACAGAUACAGAACAGCCGAUGUCUGCAGCGCUGAUGGUACUCUGUACAGUCGGAGCCGCUGUUCUCCUCAUCAUGCUCACCUGUCUGCUCAUCCACAGCGAGAGAAUCAGAGUGAUCCUGGUUCCUGUUGUACCAGGUCCCAAAAAUCUCAAGGAUCUUAUUGACAGCUACAACGGAAAUGUAGAAAAGUGGCUGCACAUUUCCAAAGAGCUGCAGGAUGGAUUUAAGCCUAACUUCAGCGAGAGACCCUGCACGGUGCGAGAGUUCAAGACAGAGACGCACAGUGAGUCAGAGAGUGACGACUGUCUCUCAGUGCACACGGCCGUCUCGUCUGACUAUCAGUCCAUGCAGAGCUACUCGUCCACCUCCACACUGCCGUCUCACAGCCACUCCCCCAGCACUGAAACCACACCUCUCAACGGGCUGUAAACCACAACGUCAAGGAGAACACACCUGCAGUGUAACACGGUUCUUACACAAGACACAAUCUGGGUUCGAAAAGUUAAUAAAAUAAAAUAUACUAUUAAUUAUAUUACUAUAAAUGGGAAAAUCAAACUCACAACCAUGUAAAAAAUUGGUUCAUUGGCUGAAGAAGGGCUGAAGAUUGUGUACACAUAGACAUACACACACACACACACACACACCAUUUAUAGUCAGAGUAAUUAUACAUGUAGAUUUAUUGGAUAUAUAUGUACAUAUAAACUUGAAGAUGUAGAAUCAUUUAAUUUGAUUGAAUUUUCAGGUCUUUCUGCAUAAUGCUGCUGUUUAUGACGGAUUACUGCUACUGCUGCUGUUAACAGAAAUGCAGUAAGAGUGUAAUGAUUGCAGGUUAUGUUCAUAGGCUUCAAACGUCUAUAUCUUUGCUAUAAUGCAGAGUAUACUAUGUUAUCUGAGGCAGGAAAAUAAAUAAAAAACUUUGUUUUAAUUUUUUGUGUGUGUGAAUGUUUUCC